UUAUGCAUUAGGAUCUUCUAGUGAAUAUAGGUCAAUUGCACACUUGUUUGGAGUAGGCAAAGCUACUGUUUGCAAAAUAUUUAUUGAGUUUUGCAAUGAAGUUUGGGCAAGUUUGGCGCCAAUUUAUUUAAACAAUUUUCCCCUUAAAAGGUCGCAAAUUGAGCAAGGAGUUGCAGAUGUCAAUGCAAUGGGUUAUCCACAAUGUAUUGGAGCUAUAGAUGGAUGUCAUAUAGAGAUACACCCAAAAAAAGAAGAAGCCAUUGAUUAUCACAACUACAAAGGGUGGUAUUCAGUCGUACUGUUGGCUUUAGUAGACGCAAAAUAUAGAUUCAGUUAUAUCCAUUGCGGCAGCCCAGGAAGGUGCAAUGAUUCCUCAAUUUUUGAAAAGUCGUCUCUAAAACGGGAGCUGCAGGAAUGCGCACUCCUUGAUGAAUUGAGCUGGCAGUAUGGAUCCACAAAAAUACCAGUGCACGUUAUAGGUGACUCAGCCUUUCGCCUAUCUCAGCAUUUAAUGAAGCCAUACCCGCAUAGCGUAAACAACACACCUGAACAAAAAAAAUUAAACUAUAUAUUAUCCAAGUGUCGACGUGUUGUGGAAAAUGCUUUUGGCCAUUUAAAAGCCAGAUUUAGAAGAAUUGGAAAAGGCGUGGAUAAUCACGUUUUACACAAUUUUUUAAUUGCACAGAAGGACUCUAUCGUAGAGAAUUGGGUAGUAGAAAUGCAACGAGAUAGCAGGUGCAACCCGCAAUGCAGCAACAACCAAAGUGAUCGAUCUGAAGGAGAAUUGAUAAGAAAUUCUUUAAAGGAAUAUUUCCACGGUUUCAGUUUGGAAAUGCCACUCGCAACGUCAUUAGACGACAAACUUAAAGACCCAAAAUUAAGAGAAGAAGUCGCCGCAAAAUCACAAUCUGGUUGGGAAGCGCCGUCAUCAGAACUUAAGUUAGAGCUGAAGAAUUCCGCAAACAGGCAUGCCACAUCAACUGGACAUCGAGCAAAUUUGUCAUGA